CUCGGAGGAAAAUCAGACAAGACUUCGCGCCGUUGCUUUGCUCCGAUUUCUCCCCAAUGGCCGCCGACGGAACCAGAAGGCCUCAACCUUCAAUCCUUCCGCCUCGUAAGCUCAAUGUCCAGAAAUUCGCCGAAUCGCGAGCUUCCGAGCUCGACGCUCUUCACUCCAUAGUAUCGAAACGACUGAAGGAGGAUUUCCGCUCGCAGAGGAACAAGCGGCGGAGGACGACCUCCUACGACAACCAAGCGGCCAAGUGGAGAUACAGGAAGAGGCAGAAGUCUGGAGCUUCCGAAAUUACCGGUGCUUCCGCUCCGGAGAAAGAGAGAAGCGGCGAGAAACGCGUGCCUCGCCGAGUUCGCCGGAGAGAGGAGCUCCGGAAGAAUCCCGAGCAUGGUUUCGUUACCUCCGGCGACGGGACCAAGAGGUUGAGGACGCAUGUUUGGUUGGCUAAGAGGUUUACAAUGACGAAGCUCUGGGGAUUCCAUCUUCCCCUUGGAUUGCACGGCAGAGGAAAGGGCUCUCGAGCGGCAUUGAGGUGGUUCAAGGAGGGAGCUGUUGUUCAUGAUGCAAGUUACCAUUCAGCUGUUCAGCUGGAAGGUCCAGAGGAUUCUUUGUUGUCAGUUCUGGGAAUGGUGCUGGUGCCUUCUUUGUCGCCUCAAUCGGUGGAUGAUUUCAGCUCUAUUAUAUCUGGAGUUAGCUAUGGAACUGCAAUGCUUCAUCGUGUAGGACAGCCCACUUCUCAAGCAAUAGCACCAGUAACUUACUUGUGGCGUCCCUCUACUGGUGUCAGUGGGGACAAAGGAGACAGCGAGCAUAGUGCUAGCGAAGGUGAUGUGCUACAGAGUUUAGAGCCUUGUUGCUCCUCUCGCCAGCUAUGGAUGUGGAUUCAUGCUUCAGCUUUUACUGAGGGAUAUGAUGCCCUAAAAUCUGCAUGUCAGAAACAGAUGAAUGACCGAAAUGUGUCAAUUAACUGUUGUUCACUUGAAGGUCAACUUGCUAAAAUAGAAGUUAUGGGAGCAAAAGCAUCUCAGCUUCUUCAAAGGAUGUUACAUCCUAUUUCUGGCACAAAUUCAGAAACUCCUUGCUCCUUAAAGAAUUGCUCUUUUCUAGAGGAUCAACAGGACAUUCAUGUCUUUAAGUCGUCUACUCCUGAGCAUGACAUCCUCUCGGGUUCCUCUGUUUUAUAUCUUAAUGUGAAGGACCCGCGUUGCCUCCACGACAACAGUACUGAAGAUCCUUCAGAGUCAUCUCCUCCCAGCAAUGUAGCCGAUAUUGAAGCUAAAGAAAAUGCUGAAGAGCUACUUCUAUUGCCCGAGUUAAAAUCUGAGGGAACUUCCCAUAUUUCAGAAAGGAAUAUAUGGGAUGUUAGAGCUGGAGAUAAUAUUCCUAUUGAUGAGCAUUUACUAUGCUUGGAAAAACAUCAAAUGCGAAGGGAUUUUAUUUGCGUCAAUGAUCCAAAGUUGGGAAGGCCGAAAGCUUGCACGGAGGUGCAGGGUUCAAGAUCAUGUCCUAUUUUGGUUCUGAAAAACCAUGACAAAAUGGACCAACCCUUAGGAUGGUCAAUUAUAGUUCCAGUAAACUGGGCCCGAAUCUUCUGGAAUCAGUUUGUAUCCAAGGAAGUUCAUGCAAUAGGUCUGAGAGAGAAACAGUGGAUAGCAUGUGAAGUCGGGUUGCCUCAUUUUCCAUCAGAUUUUCCUGAUUGUAAUGCAUACUGGUCUCAUAAGAUUGCCGAGGGUACUAGUAUAAGUAAAAAGGACGAACUAAAACCUCUUGCUGUAAGGUCUUUCGAAGUUCCCAUUCCACCACCAUGGAAUACUGUUCGUGUUAGCCUUGCGAAAGAAUUCAACAUAUUGCAAGUAGCGGUUCACAGUGAAAAAGAUACGGUUUGUUGCAAACUUAAUGGAUUUGUAGCUAGAACUUCAAGUUUGAUGAUGGACAUCUUGAAGGAAAUCCAGGGUGAUAACUUAUUUCUGUUCCCUCAAGUGCCGAAUUCAGGCUCGAGGUUGUUGGCAUCAAUGAAGGAUGAAAUCAAAGUUGGCAAUGGUGUGGAUGGCUGUAGUAAGCCUAUAAACUAUAAUCUUCAUAAACUAUGUUUCCUCAGAGUUCUCCUCCAUACAUUCAAGGAAGGCGUCAUUGAAGAAGGAGCUCUCGUGUGUGCCCCUCUUGCCAGUGACAUUUCUCUAUGGACGAAAAGUUGCCCUGGCAGGUUAGAUAACCUUGACACCAAGCUUCAAGUCCCUGACUCUUCUGUGAGGUCAUACUUCCAAAAGCAAUCUUCAGGAGACUGGGACCUUCAGAUCCCACAAGAUCCUGCCAGUAUGGAAUCUCACCGAUUGCCUAUCGGUUUCGUGACAACUGGAUUCGUCCGUGGAAGCAAGAAGCCAGCAGCACAAGCAUUCUGUGAGACGAUUCUGUUAUCCCGCCUGAGGGAAGAACAGUGGAAAGAAAUGCCUGUGGAGGAGAGGAGGAAGGAAAUCUAUGUCCUCGUCAGAAAUCUGAGAUCCUCGGCAUACAGGCUCGCUCUUGCCACUGUAGUCCUUGAACACCAAGAACACGACGUCGACUUCUUGUAAAGAUCGAGAUUGUACUAAUUUCAUGAAACUGCAACAUUCCCGCAAACAUCAAACAACCAGUUAGUAUUUUCUUUUCCUCUUUGGUUUACAAUCCAACUCAAAUUCAUCCCUUUUUUGCAUUCGUGUAAAGUUGCUACGCCCAAAUGAUCAACCAGAGCAUACAUACAGAGCAUCACAUCCAUUACUACAAUGGCAGAGUUUUGUUAUCAACCAAACCUUCACUCAUCUCCCGCCGGUGCUGGCGAGCCUCUUGCCGGUCAACCCGCAAGCCAGCGCCUCACUAGGCACGUCCCCAACAAGAUGCACACCUUCUGCAAACACAACACCCAUCCCCAUAUGCAAAUGCGGCUCAAUGUGGCAGUGAAACGCCCAGACCCCAGGAUUAUCCGCCACGAACCUCAGCGCCGUCCAUCCGUAAGGGAAAAUCACCGCCGUGUUCCUCAACGGCGGGUUCUUCAAGUUGAACAUCUUCUCAUCACCUUCCUCAAACCUCCCUUCACCAUACCCUAGCACCCAGAAAUCAUGCCCGUGCAGAUGCCACGGGUGGAUCUCGCUCGUGUUCGCUGCCAACGCGUUCGCGUUCUGCAGGAUCACAUCCACCGUCGUGUUGAACUCGAUCUCGUACACCCCAUUCCCCGUCGUCGUGUUGGGAUUCACCGGAGGAACCAUGAUGUUGUACCCGUUCGCGAAGCUCUCUGGUGGUGGGCUCUGGUCGAAUGCAGCCUUCAGGCCGUGCUUGAUCGAUCCCAAGUAGGGAGUGGGAGGCAGAGACAGUGAGACAUUGUUGAUUGCCCACUUGAUGUAACCGUCGAUCCUGUUCUGCGUGUUGAGCAGGACGAUCCGGCGGUGGUGUGUCGUCGGAGGCUGCGGUGUGCCCAUGAGGGACUUGAGCUUGUUG